GUUAUCUGAAGUUCCCAUAUCCCACCAGUUCUCCUUUGUCUCUAGUCAGCUUCCCCGAGGAUUACAGGGAAAGAAAGAAUGCGAACCUCUGUUUCUGCUUCUGCCGGUCGCCAUUGCAUCCAGAAUUGCUUCCUAACGGCAGAUAGACGUCAGUUACGCGAACAAUCUCGGUCACGCGCCCGGGUUGACAUCGGAUUCCCUGCGCGAUGCAUGUGUUGCAUUUUGACAAUGGUAUGCUCAUGAAUGAUAACAACACGGCAACCUCGGAUGCUGGGAAUACUUAAGGAUCGCCAAAUUCGUCGGCGGUCUCACAGGGAGUGAGAGCCAUUCGCCCCCGACAGUCGCCAUGACGCCUCCCAGGAAGCUCGCCUCAUUGUUGGCCAUCGGUAUCGCUCUUGGUUGCGUGCAUGCACAGCCGUCUUCAAUCGUGCAGGAAAGUAUCUCAGCUGCAAUCGCCGAGGCUGCAUCAGACCCCUACAAUGUCGAUUACACGUCCCUAGUGAAUGUCUUCAUCGGAACUGACAAUUAUGGCGACGUUUGUCCUGGUGCUUCGAUACCGUUUGGAAUGGUGAAGUUUUCCACAGACUUGACAGGUUAUGCCCCUGCAGGAUAUGUUACGGACCCUACACAGAAGAUCCGUGGACUUAGUCCUAUGCAUGAUAGUGGCACAGGAUCGUCUUUGGGCACCUAUGGCAACUUUGAGAUCAUGCCUCUCUUGUGUCCAGGAGGCUUUGAGACGUGUACAGUCAGGUUGGAUGACCGUGAACGUUAUCGCAAGAACAAUACCGAUGAAGCGUAUCCUGGUUAUUUCGCCCAGACCAUGAACAACGACAUCAAGAUGGAGGCAACCUCGACACGUCGUGCAGGCUUGGAGCGUUUCACCUUCCCUCCUGGCUCGAAGCCCUAUUUUGUUCUCGAUCUUGCGAACGACCUUCCCGAAUCGUUCGCUGGUGGAUCGCUGAACAUCGACCCCGAAAUGGGUAGAAUCACCAUUGGCGGCUACUGGGGCUCCAGUUUCGGACCCGGCGCGUUCCAUUAUCAGGCUUUUGCAUGCUACGAUCUUCUAAAUGGUGGAAAUCAGACACUGGAUGAAUACGGUGUCUGGACAGGUGAAACAUAUGGCCUUGACUAUUGGGGCGACGCCAAGGGCCUCGGUGAAACACACCUCAAUCUCUCUAUCGACCUCAUCGGCGAUGUGUACCAAUCGGGCGCGCUCUUCUCCUACGAAGGCCAGCCGGAAGAGAUUACUAUCCGCGUAGGCAUUUCGUUCGUGUCUGUGGAGCAAGCCUGCAGCAAUGCAGAGAGCGAAGUUGGUGGCGCGACAUUCGAGGAGAUCAUGGCUCAAUCCAAAGCGUUGUGGAAUGAGCAGUUGAGCAAGGUCCAGAUCGACUUUGCUCGCACGGAGCCGAAUAUUACCGAGCUGCUGUACUCCUCCCUAUACCGAGCAUCAUUAACACCUAACAAUGCCACGGAUGAGACGCAAGGCGUGUUCGCAAAUACAACUCACUUCUACUUUGACUCGCUGUACUGCAGCUGGGAUACUUUCCGCACGUUUUAUCCUCUGCUGGCUCUGCACUCCCCAGUAGAGUUCGCUCAAAUCGUCGACACUUAUAUCGACAGCUAUCUGAAGCGAGGGUGGAUGCCAGACUGCCGUGCAAACAACCUUCCUGGCUGGACUCAAGGAGGGUCGAGUGCGGAUGUCAUCGUGGGCCACUUUGCAAUGACGUACCACGAUGAAGCAGCCGCUCUCGGUAUUGACUUAGAACAGCUUUAUGCGGCCAUGAUACAGGAUGGAGAAGUGAACCCACCAGAGUGGAACAUUCAAGGCCGCCAAACGAAUGUCUACAAACAAUACGGCUAUGUGCCUUUCGCCGUGCUUGAUACCGCUAGCACGGGUCGUAUGACCAGAGAAGGAAGCAGAACGCUUGAGUAUGCGUAUGAAGACUUUGCCAUUCGCCAAGUCGCGCUUCUACUUAACAAGACUGACGAUGUGGCUACAUACACCAACCGUUCAUAUUUCUACAAAAAUGUCUGGGACGCAACUGUCGAGAGCGAUGGUUUCACAGGUUUCGCGCAGAAGCGCUAUCCGAACGGCACCUUCUACUACACGGACCCCAUCGACUGUUCACCGGCCGAUCCUAAUCCUAACAGGGAAUGUUCGCUGCAAGAUGAUAACAUCGUCGGAUUCUACGAGUCCUCCUCAUGGGAGUACAGCUACUUUGCGCCACACGAUAUGGCCUCCUUGGUGGAUAUGAUGGGUGGCAAUACGACCUUCAUCGAUCGGCUCGAUCACUUCUUCAAUGCGAGCUAUUUCAAUGUUGGAAAUGAGCCAUCUUUCAAUACGCCGAUCAACUACCAUUAUGCGAACAGCCCGACGAGGAGCGUUGAUCAAGUACACAAUACGGUGUUCUCCUACUUUGAUAUUACACCGGCCGGUCUUCCUGGAAAUGAUGAUCAAGCAGCGAUGGCAACGGUACUCACCUGGCAUUUGUUGGGCCUGUACCCUGUUCCCGGUACGACAGAGAUGCUUGUCCUGUCGCCCUUCCUACCGACCUACACCGUCUACAACAGCUAUCUGGGUGUCAACACGACAAUAACGGUAGCCAAUUUCGACCCACGCUCUGUGCAGGAGACCAUCCCCGCCGGCGUCGCCGCAUAUGUCAAGAGCGUCACCAUCAACGGCGAGAUGCAGACCUCCAGAUGCCACUUCGACUUCUAUGAUGUCUUCCGAGUGGGCGGGGAGGUGGUGAUCGAGGUAACCGCGGACAAGGAGUCGGUGGACGACUGCGGUGCAUCGGUGCCGUACUCGCUUUCUACGGGUGGAUUCGAUACAGUGCGGUAGAGACGGCGUAUAAAGUGAUAAAUGUAGCAACGGCGCAGGGUAUCAAUACGGAGAGAGAACACGAACAGUAUACGAUACAUAUAUCCAAAUACAGAUAGGGUGUAUAUAUCCAGGUAUCACUCCAAAAUGAGGUAAAUCAAGCGGUAGACGAACCCUCAGCCGGCUUGGCUGGAGGCCUAACGAGAAGUACGCCAGAGUUCAAGAUGUCAGGCUUCGCGUCGAUGUGAUGACUAUGUGGCGCCAAACUAUCAGUCAAUGACCCGAGACCC